AUGUCUGCAGACCCGCUGAGCAUGACGGCAACGUCCCCAGAUGGUGUGGAUGGAGCAAGCGGAAGUUCUCAGCCUAUCAAACGACGCCGAGUGACUUAUGCAUGCGAUCUGUGUCGCUCCAAGAAGAAUCGCUGCGACGGGGGAGACCAUCUUGUGGGCCUUGUCGCGAGCGGAACCAAACAUGUAUCUACACCGGGCAAAGAGCCCGGAUUUCGAUAUGUUGAUGACCUGAAACGUCGAAACCAGAUGUUGGAGUGCCGGCUGACGGCCCUGCGGAGCAGUGACGCCUUCAAUCAGAGAACCAGUGGACAGCAAUCCCCUUCAACUACACAGCUGCAAGACGGAGCAGCCGCGGAGUCAACUAUAAAUGGUAUGGAGAAAUCUGACGAAAGGUCAACUGAAUAUUUUGGGGAGUCAUCUACAUUCGACUUCUUAGCAAAGGUCGGCUCGCCAGACAAGAACCUAUCCCAAAGGUCAACAGCUGCCGUUCCAGAAGUAAACCCUUCACUCACGACUUCGUCGCCCUCGGAUAUGGUCUUUGAAGGUCUGCGUGGAGGUGGCAGAACUGAUGACAGCUUCGAGCUCCCGCAUCGCUCGGUGGCUGACCGACUCGUCGAUGCUUACUUCAAGCAUCGACACCCACUUAACACCUAUCUCCAUGAAGGGGACUUUCGGCGACGGUACCACCGUCUGUGGCUCAGCCAAGAUAGCGGUGGAGAGGAAGCAAAUGCACAAAAUCUGGCCUGGUUCGGUUUGGUAAAUCUCGUUUUGAUGUUCGGAAGUGAAGAUGCGCCGGGAGCCAGUAGGCCACCGAUUGAGCGAUCACGAUACUUCAAGCGUGCAAAGACUCUUAUUUUUUCUUGCAUCUUGCAGACCGGUACGAUUGAGCUUGUCCAGGCGCUGCUCCUGAUGGGCCAGUACUUGCAUGGGUCCCUGGAGCUGGAAAAUAGCUGGACCGUCGUCGGCCUUGCCAUUCGUUCUGCUCAGGGUCUCGGGCUUCACCUCGACCCUGCGAGUUUUACCACAAAUGUGGUCAAGCAAGAGAUCCGAAAACGUGUAUGGUGGGGAUGCUUCGUGAUCGAUCGAGUUCUUAGCACGAAAGUCGGGAGGCCACCCACAAUCCAGGACGGCCCUGCAAUCCAGAUCGGGUUUCCUUUGGCAAUCGAUGACGAGUACCUUGCCGAUGCUUACCAGCCCCCUGAGAUUCCAUCCAAGCUGGAAUAUUUUAGUCAGGUUAUUGUGCAGUGCCGACUGAUCGAGAAGAUCUUGGAUACACUCUACAGUUGGGGGAGCGCCUCACAUCGUUCCAAGCGUAAGUCAGUAACCGCUAAUACACCGCAGCUUUUAGCACGAAUGAUCGAGCUGGAUGGAGAACUUAUUGCGUGGCAGAAUGCCCUGCCUCGGCACCUAAGACCGGGUAUCCAGAGCCAAGAGUGGCAUUUUGACCGACAGAGGAACGUCUUGCUGAUGCGCUUCCUUCACGCUCGCCUCCUUAUUCAUCGGCAGACACUGCUCUUCUAUGUCAGCAGGAAUCGCGAAUCUGAUUCGUUGCAGAAGGAAAUAAUGCAGGCCUGCCUCAAGAGAUGUGUCACGGCUGCGCACGAAUCAAUCACCCAAAUGCGCCUCCUGCACAAACACAACUUGCUCUCUUCGUUCUGGCAUAACUCACAUUAUGUCUUCGCCGCUCUCGGCGUUCUUCUCGUCUAUCAGACGAUAGUAGAUCCAUACACUAAAGCAGAUAUUGGUCUUGCCGCCUCGGUCAACAUCGAUGAUGCCAUCCGCCAAGGUAUGGAGAACCUUGAGCGGGUGGGUGGUCACAUGCAUCCUUUAGCUUCGCGAUAUGUCCAAUUCUUUCAAAAGCUGCAAUCCCGGCUAUGGACUAUGUCCAGCACAUCUGCGAAUCCACACCGUACUGGAACAGUAGAGAGCACAGAUCCAAAUCUGGCUACUUCUGUGUCCAUGGUUGAAAUACAGCAAGGUUUAGAAUACCAAGCGCAAUUGCGAUCGCUUACCCACGAUGAUCCUGGUAUCCAAGACGAACUCCGACGUGCUGGAGAAGCAGCGUUCCUGACGCCCGGACUCAGAUUCGAGGAUGAAUCUGAACUCAUUGAAAAUGUUCUUCUUGACCAGGCAGGGUGGACCAAUUUAUUCGAUGAAUGGACUCGUCUGUAG